CGCAACACUGCUAUUUACUUGUGGCGCGAGUUGUAGAAAAACAUCCAGAUUUAAAAAGUGCAAAUCUUCUCAUUCUUGCUGCUUCCCUCUGUUCUCUGUACAUUUCUCGGAAAUCCAGUUUCAAGAAAGUAAAUCAUGGAGGGGAGGGAAAUCUCCGUCUCCAGCUCUACGGCUAACAGGGAGACUCACUCUCCGCUUAGCCAAUCGCUACCUAUCGCGGUAGUGGUUCCUCAGGAGAGAAGCAUUUGUAGAGAAGGAGUAGGCCCAGAAGGGAGCCUAGCAACGGCUGCCUCUCAGGGCUUUUCCUCACCCCCUUCCGAGUUCGCUCUGAUUCAGGAUAGAGGGCCGCCGGCGCCGCUAGCGACUGGUUCUGGUAAUCAGCAACUGAUUCCCCAUUUUGGUCCAGAAGAGAGCACAUCAUCGGCUUUCUCUCAGGGCUUUGCAUCACCUGCUUCUAAAUUCUCUCCGAAGCAGAUCAGAGGGCUUCGGAAACCGACUCCCCCUUUAGGAUUUUCAUAAGGUGGGCUAGCAUAGACCCAUGUU